AGGAAAAAAAAAAGAGAAGGAAUAGCAAAGAGAGAAACAUUCCUCUCACAGAAAAACCACGCACAAAUAGUUCUGUACUGCAACUGACAUGGCUUUCAGGAGAGGGCAAAAGACUUUAACUCCGCUGCUGUUUCUCCUUUGCAUAAACCUCCUCAAAGAUAAGAAGACUGGAGCAGUAAACAUUCGGGAGAAAUGUAUGUGCAUCAGAGCGAGUAAUGCUGUAUUAUGGAGACGCAUGACAGACUUCAACGUGAUUGAUGCCGGGCCUCAUUGCUAUAAAGUUCAGAUCAUCAUCAAAAUGGGGAGUACAUCUGUUUGUCUGGCUACAGAUUCCAAACAAGGGAAGUGGCUGCAGCAAUGUUGGAAGCGGAUUAACUUCAAUGAAGGGAAGAAGAAGCGUUGUCUGCAGACAGGAAAAGCCAAACGGAGACCAAAAAAAACAAAAACACCGCAACCCUAGUCAAAGACUCUGUUCUUUGUCAACUGUCCCUUUAUAUAAUGCUUUAUUUUUGUAUCAGUUUUCUUAUACUGCUUUGUAAAACCUGUUUUGUGUUUAUUUUGUAACAUUAAAAUGAUACGUUUAAAAGAUGUAAA